CUAUCUGGCAACGCCAUCGCCCGCAAAACAAAACUUUAAUGGCUCACACUUUUAAACUAUACCAAAACUAUACGAAUUUUACGGUUUAAAAUGUAAACCAAACCAGCACGGUGGCUGCUCUUUUUUCGAGACUCGUGAUAAACUUUCAAAUCCUUGAAAUGGAAAUGGCUUCGAGUUGCCAGGUGUGUGGCUCGUGUUUCUGUCACCUGAGUCCCACGAGCAUUUUUAGCCUGGGAGUUCUGGCCAAGAUCAAGGAUCUUACUGGACUUUGGUUAGAACAGGAAGACUACCAGCCGCGCCACAUUUGUCCAUCAUGUCUGAAUGACUUGAAUACAUCCAUUAAGCUGAAAAGGCGCAUUCAACGAAUUUACAAUGGAGCAGUGCUGAAGCGGGAAUCUGAAGGUGAUCAGUAUCUUAAAAUCCCAGUUUCUGAUGUAGGACCAGAGGGGGAUUUCUGUGACUUUGUAUUGGAGGAAUGCCGUACUUCUCCAUACUUGGAGCCCAAAGAAGAAGAACUAUCUGACCCAGAAAACUAUCCAAUUCACCAAAGUCAGAUCAUCAGUGAGCAAGAAGCAGAGGAAUGCGAUUCUUAUUUUCAUCUCGACAAUGAAGAUGAAGAAAAAAGACCGCAUUACUUAAAUGAUCCAGAAUCGUCCCAUGUUAAGCACAAAAACCCUUUUAUAGAGACAUCUACCAAAGGCAUUAGACAUUAUUCUAAUGUCUUUCCUUCUACGCUGGCAAAACGAAACGUUCCUAAAAAAGUUGAUACCCAAAGCCCUAACAUGGGAAAAUUUAUACAAAUUGGAACGAAAAUGUGCUUACCUAAAACGGAUGCGCGUAUCAAGGUAGCAAGGCCUCCCAUAUUGGUUCCAGAAGAUGAGGCAGCUCAGAAUAUAGCCCCUGCAAAGAGGAGAACCCGGAAAAUGCAAUCCCUGGAGUGCCCUGAGUGCAGAAGGGUCUUCAAGACUGCGUACAAUCUAAAGAUCCACUUGGUGCGCCACACGGGUCAGAGGGACUUUCAAUGCACAUUCUGCGACAGGCAGUUCGUCUCCAAGUAUCUUUGGCGGCUACACGAACGAGUGCGCCACAUGGGCGAACAGCCGUUCAGGUGCAAAUUUUGCACGGAUACGUUUUUUACCAGCUCAGCUAAGUCCCGCCAUGAGCGAACGAGGCACAUCAGAGAUCGAAGCUACCAGUGCGACGAGUGCAGCAAGAGAUUCAAUACCAAGACCUGCUUGAAUAAGCACAAGUUUCUGCACACAGGACUUAAGCCUUUUGGCUGCGACAUUUGCCACAUUGACUUUGCCCGAAAGUCAAAGCUAAGGAAUCACUUCAAUUCGAUAGCUCACCAGAAAAAGGCCACCGCCAUCCUGGAUUCUGAGCAGUGCUUAUCCGCAGACGAAUUAGAGAUCGCUUUUAAUUCUGUUUUAGAGGAUGCGAAAUAGUUGUGUAUUAUGUGUACACACUUUGAAAACACGACUUGGACUAUUUUGAGUUUUAAGAUAUCCAUUAGAUAUAAAUGUUCGAGAGUAUUCUUAAUGUUUUGGCACUGGAUUGCCUUUCGUAAACUUUGAAUUUGUUUUUUGUUCUCAAAACACAUUGCAAACUUAUAUAUUAUUCCAAACUGCUCUUAUUAGUUUUACAUUAUUGUUAUUAGCCUUUUCUACUAUAACGUAGUUUCUCUAAGUGUAGUUUUCUUUGACAACCAUACAUUCCAAAGUAAUUAAAUAA